ACUUCUAUUAGGAUUUUUGUGCUUUAGUUAUUGUCACUUUAAAUAUAUUUUCACUGUUGAAAUCUUCACAGCAUGUUUGGUGAAAUCUAUUUUUGAAAUUUUCUUAGGUAUAUUUCUGUCAAGUAGGCAUGUUAACAAAUACAAUCACCCAAAAGACCCUGAAACCUAGUGUAAUCUCUUUUCAAUCCAAGCAUGAGGAUUCAUCUUCAUAUUCACACUGUAUGAAUGUUUGGUAGUCUUUGACAGGCUUGCACAUAAUCAAUUAUAUACGUCCCUUUUCUUUUAGAGUCUCCUCAUAAAGAUGAUCUUCUGAAGCCUACUUGUGGAAUGAAAGUUUCUAUUCCAAAUAAAGCCUUAGAAAUGAAGCAUAUACAAACAUUCAAAGCAGUGGAUGUGAGUUCUGUAGAGUCUAUAUUCAGUCCUUUUGGCAAACCGACUACUGAAAAUUCACAGCCUACAAAACUUGAGGAAGACUUUAGUCUUGCUACCAAGGAGGAAGCAACAAAGACAGUAACUGGACAACACGAAAAUGAUAUUGACAUUAUUGAACAAGCUCCAGAAGAUCAAACAAAUAAGAUACCCACAUCAGAAUCAAGACAAAAAGAAGAUACAGAAUCUUCAGAUUCUGAGAUUAUCUCUGUGAGUGAUACACAGAAUUAUGUGUGUUUAACUGAGGCUACAUAUCAAAAAGAAAUAAAGACAAUAAAUGGCAAAAUAGAAGAGUCUACUGAAAAGCCUUCUGACUUUGAGCCUGCUGUUGAAAUGCAAAACUCUGUUCCAAAUAAAGCUUUAGAAUGGAGAAAUAAACAAACAUUGAGAGCAGAUAAUAUGUUGACAUUAAAAUCAGGAAAAGAAACAUAUGCAGAAUCACGUUGGAGUUCUAAGAACUUCAAACAGAGUGUUUCGGAAAGUGCUGCACAGAAUUACACGUGUUUACCUGAGGCUACAUAUCAAGAAGAAGUCAAGAAUAUAAAUGGAAAACUAAAGGAUUCAACUAGCCUAUCAAAAAGCUUGGAUGCAGUUCCUUCUUGUAAAAGAGCAAGGGAACUUAAAAAAGAUCACUGUGAAAAACUUACAGCAGAAAUUGAACGAAUGAAAAAUAAGUUUUGUGUACUAAAAAAGGAACUAUCAGAAACAAAAGAAAUAAACUCACAGUUAGAAAAUCAAAUAGUUAAAUUGAAACAAGAGCUCUGCAGUGUGAGAUUGACUUUAAACCAAGAAGAAGAGAAGAGAAGAAACGCCAAUAUAUUAAAUGAAAAACUUAGGAAAGAAUUAGGAAGAAUCGAAGAGCAACUUAGGAAAGAGUUAGAAGUGAAACAAGAACUUGUACAGGCUCUCAGAAUACAAGAUAUGGAAGUGAAGAGUGUAAGAAGUAAUUUGAGUCAGGUUUCUCACACUCAUGAAAAUGAAAAUUAUCUCCUACAUGAAAAUCGCAUGUUGAAAAAGGAAAUUGCCAUGCUAAAACUGGAAAUAGCCAAACUAAAACACCAACACCAGGAGAAGGAAAAUAAAUACUUUAAGGACAUUAAGAUUUUAAAAGAAAAGAAUGCUGAACUUCAAAUGACUCUAAAACUGAAAGAGGAAUUCCUCUAGCACUGCUGGGUUAGGGUCUCCCUGAGCUGGUCUCAGCAACUUUUCAUAACAUUAAUAUGUGUAUGAUUUUAUAAUCUCUAUUUCCUUCACUUUAAGUUUCAUAAAGGCAAGAAUGACAUCUA